AUGGGAAAUUGCAAUGUCUUAGGCCAGAAGGAAGAGUUUUAAGAAGCUAGUAAGCUUGUUAAUUAUAUCUCAGUGUAAUCUAUAAGAAACUACGAAAUCCUAGAAGUCUUAGGCAAAGGUGGCUUUGGAAGAGUUCUCAAAGUCAAAAGAAAAAAGAAUAAUCAGUUGUUUGCAAUCAAAAAAAUGUCUAAGGCAAAGUAUGUAUUACAAACUAAGCUAGAAUAAUUAAUUAAAAGAGCAUUACAGCGAUUUUGAAUGAGAAAAAUCUUCUAAUCUAACUAAGACACCCUUUUAUUGUGAAUAUGCACUCUGCAUUCCAAGAUAAGGAAAGUUUAUACCUGGUGUUAGAUUUGUUAACUGGAGGGGAUCUCAGAUAUCAUAUAUACAGAAACAAAAGGUUCUCGGAAUAAGAAGUGAGUAUGAAAAAUUGUUCAUUUUAAGAAUUUUUUGCUGCCUGUAUAAUUACGAGUUUAGACUAUUUACAUUAGUAAGGAAUAAUUCAUAGAGAUCUAAAACCAGAGAAUCUCGUAUUUGAUGACAAAGGAUACUUGAGACUUACAGAUAUGGGGAUUGCAAGAAUUUGGAGACCUGAAAACUCAUCAGAUGUAAGUGGUACACCAGGAUAUAUGGCUCCAGAAGUAAUUUGUAGAUAAAACCAUGGGAUUGCUGCAGACUUCUUUGCGCUUGGAGUUAUAGUAUAUGAAUGCAUGCUUGGUAAACGACCUUAUGUUGGAAAAACAAGAUAGGAAAUACGCGAGUAAAUUCUUGGUCAACAGGUUUAAGUGAGAAGGAUGGAUUUGCCAGUAGCUUGGUCUCUUGAGGCAGCAGAUUUUGUCAAUCAAGUAACUCAAAUUAAUAGUAUUAGUUAAUUUAAAGAAAGCCAAGCAAUAGAUUAGGUUCUUAUAAUCCUAAUGAUGUUAAAAACCAUCCAUGGUUUUUCUAAUUUGAUUGGACUUUAUUAUCAAAAAAGAUAAUGCUUGCCCCUUAUAAGCCAAAACCUGUUUCAAAAUCUGGUUGCUCAUUUGAUUCUAUAGAGACCCCUCAAGAUGAUAAUUUUGCUAUUCUCAGAAAUAACACUCUUAAUGGUAUCAUUAUUAUUAAUAUUUAAGAAUAAUUUAACUAAUAUUGUUAUAACCCUGAGAGUGGUAUGUAAUAAUGA